AUGUUCGCAAAGAGUCUUUCCUCUCUUGUGUUGAUCAACAAGUCAUCCUCAGGCUUCAGAAAUAUCAAGUCGUCGCACAUUCCAAGUUAUAUCAACAACUUGAAACAAUUAAAAGAAAAGGGUAUCUCCAAAGUGAUUUGUGUCAGUGUCAAUGACAGUUUUGUCAUGAAGGCAUGGAAGGAAAAGGUUGCCCCAGAUGUCGACAUUGAAUUCAUUGCUGAUCCCUUUGGCGAAUUCACAAGACAAGUUGGUCUCGAAAUUGAUUUGACUGCUGCUGGUUUGGGAAAGAGAUGCAAACGUUAUGCUAUGCUUGUUGAAAAUGGAACUGUUAAGCAAUUGUUUGUUGAAGAGAGUCCAGGUCAAUUAGAAAAGACCACUGCUGAGAACAUGUUGACUCUUCUUUAA